UUUUCUUUUUCAGAUUAACGAGUGACGCUUUUGCUCAACUCUGUCGUAGAAGCGGUUUAAAGCUUGUUUACACUUUUGUUUACACUUUUAAAUGGCGCUCUUGAAUCAAGAAAUAUUAGAUCAGUUAAAAAAAAAUGACGAAACAUUUAGAAACACAAUGGAGCGGAUUUUCCAAAAAUAUUCGAAUUUAGAUGAUCCGGGACCUGAAGUCUGUUUGAAAAAAAUGACCAUCACAUCUGAGAAGGGUUCUGUGCCUUUACACAGCAUUACAGGAGAAAAGGAGAUGCAGCACUUAAAGAAUCAGCUCAAAAAGCAGCCAUUGCAGGUGUCGGAUUGUUCUCAGCAAGAACACACUCUCUUGGAUCAAAACAUGACUUCAUCACUGUCUUCAUGCCAGAUGGAUGAAACCGUGGUUAAUAUUGAUUGUUCCAAUCAGAUGGAAAACAGCACUAGCAGCCAGUUGUGUGGUUCGGAGGCUUCCCAUCUCUUCGUGAAUUCCACGAGCAGCUCUCGUAGCUGCUUGUGGGAUGAGUCGGCUCAGCCUGAGGAAGAGGACCAGGAUCUGGAGAGAACCUUAAACAGUAACGGCAGCACUCUAUUGGAUGUCUAUCCCAGCAUGCUGAACCAGAUUGGCAAGGCGUACCGACGUCAGCAUGUGAACAACACGGCUAGCGCUGUCUUGCGCAGGUAUCAUCGUAGGCGCUGGCAGUCUUCCCAAGCACAGCAACACAGUCAUGGUUUCAGCAAGACCCAUAAUCACACGCUGAACAGAACAAGAGAGUGUCUGCUCGCUGCCCCAAAACCAGCUCGUGAUAACAUCACAAAUCACCAGAAAAGUACAUUCAAAUAUCAGGGAUCUUCACCCCAUAAAAGCAAGGUAGACUUUUCAUCACUGAAGGGUAUCAAGGGUACGUCCCAUGAGUCCACAGCUUGUUUUUAUUCGCCAAGAAAAGAUGAUGCAGAGAAAACUACGGGAGUGGAAAACAGAUCGGCCCGUUGGACAGGCCAGUGCUCCAACAGCAAGUCGCCACAUCAUCGACCCGUUCGUGUGCUGGACCUUUCGACGCCUCCGUCUCCUGGUUCUUCCUCUCCUGGUUGUCCUUCACCAGAUCUCAACCAGACUUUUAUUGUUGAGCCUGUCUCUUUGUCAAGAUCUCCCAGGGUUCCAGCCCCAUCUGUCUCUAGCGCAACAUGGUCACCAUUAAAAAUGGCCAGAAUGUUAUCUCUUGCCAACCAAAGAUGCAACUCUGUUAAUCCCUCGCCAUCGUACCAUUACUCAGGCCGGCGCCGUGACCACGUUCGUUCUCCUGCCGCCUCCCCUCAUAGAGCUAUCAGUGCUUCACUUUCUCAAAUAAGGAGUCCUUUAAAGACCAAAAUAAGCGACCAGCAAACAUCCUUCUCCUAUUUCAAACAAGCAUCACCCAUGAUUCAUACCUCAGAGGUGUUCCGAUCUCCUUACCAAGGUCAGAGAUAUCCUCCUUCUCCUCAUCAGGAGACUCCCACCAAAAAGCUGAAGCACCAGCCAUCCUUCUCCAGUCACUUUUCCCCAUCCUCUUUCGUCUCCCGGAUUCCCAGUCGGCAGAUUGAUGCCGAGUUCAUGAACCUUUAUCAUCAUUUUAUCUGUCGUAGCACCAACCCUACAUCUUCCUGUCCUCUCUGCAAAAGGCGAUCUGGAGUUCAGAAUCCUGCUUUCUCCUCCAACAGAAUGUCCGCACUCUCUCUAACUCCGGUACGAAGCCGAUUUAAGAAGAGACCUCGUGAGCCAGAGGUCGUGGAGUCACUGAGAUUUAAGCGUUUCCGUGAGAGCUGUUCACCACGACGGACCUCACAGUUCUGGCCAAAGCAGCAGCAGGAGGAGAACACAGAUGUGAAUUCUGCAAUGGAGGAUCCCAAUGAGGACCAAUACACCUGGAACAGGGCUCUUCUCUUGCAGUGUCCCAGCCCAGGAUUUCUCAGGACCAUCAGACAAAGUGGGUCAGAAAGCAACAGAAGGAGACCAGGAUCCAGACAGGACCUGCAGACACGCUACUCUCCAUCAUGGAGAGAGUCGUUGAGAUGUGGUGCUGGUGAAGGUGGGAAUUUUGAAAUGUCUGAAGGCACCAGGUCACCAGUGAGAGCCUGGGAUCGAAGUGAUGUCUCGGUCUCACCAAGGCUGUCGAGGAGGCGACUUCUAUAUUCACAUUUCCAGUGAUUGGAUUUCCCUGUUUACUUUGGAUGGUUUGUUUAUUACUGAAACCAACAGUUUUUAAAUAUUGUACAUAUUUGAUUUUAGCAGUAAUUGUGUUUAGGUAACAAAUUGCUUUUGAAUCCAUUUCUUUCCUGUUAAGUGUACACAAUUCUGAAGAGUCUAGCUGGUUUUGUUCUCUUUAUCACGCUGCAUGUAAGAUGAAUUUAAUAAAUAACUU